AUGUCUGAAGAAACUGACAUGACAACCUAUGAUUAUUAUACUGGCUCAGAACCAUGCCAAAAAGCUGAUGUCAAAAAAUUUGCAUCCCUGUUUCUGCCAACGCUUUAUUCUUUGGUGCUGAUAUUUGGCCUGGUGGGAAAUGCGCUAGUUGUGCUGAUCCUGAUAAAAUACAAGAAGCUGAGAAGCAUGACUGACAUCUAUCUGCUGAAUCUGGCAAUUUCCGAUUUGCUUUUUAUUCUUUCCCUGCCAUUUUGGGCUUACUACGUAGCACAUGAAUGGGAUUUUGGAAAUGCAAUGUGUAAAAUUCUUUCAGGGGUCUAUUUUGCUGGCUUCUAUAGUGGAAUUUUUUUCAUAAUACUUUUGACAAUAGAUAGAUAUCUGGCCAUUGUCCAUGCAGUGUUUGCUUUAAAGGCUAGGACAGUUACCUAUGGCAUCCUCACAAGUGUUGUCACUUGGGGUGUUGCAAUAUUAGCCUCUCUUCCAGGAUUUAUAUUUCACAAAGCUAAAAGAGAGUCAUUUCAUUUUACAUGUAGCCCUCAUUAUCCAUUGGGACAGGAAAGUAAAUGGAAGCAAUUCCAGACUUUAAAGAUGAACAUCCUGGGACUUGUCAUUCCACUGGUCAUUAUGAUCUUUUGCUAUGCCGAGAUAAUAAAAACAUUACUGAGAUGUAGGAAUGAGAAAAAACAUAAGGCAGUCAGGCUUAUUUUUAUCAUAAUGAUUGUUUAUUUUCUUUUCUGGGCACCAUACAACAUCGUUAUUCUCAUAUACACUUUUCAAGAUUCAUUUUCCCUAAAUAACUGUGAGGGCAGCAGUCAGCUGGAGAUAGCAAUCCAAGUGACAGAAGCGAUUGCAAUGAUCCACUGUUGUAUCAACCCCGUGAUCUAUGCCUUCGCUGGUGAAAAGUUUAGGAAAUAUCUUUAUACCUUUUUCCGAAGCCACAUUGCAAUCCGUUUAUGUAAAUAUUGCCCAUUUCUCUAUGCUGAGGCACCUGACCGAGUUAGUUCCACAUACACCCCAUCUACGGGGGAGCAGGAAUUCUCAGCUGCAUUGUGA